AUGUCUACGUAUGAUCAGGUGGAGAUUGAGGACUUGACUUUUGACCCUGAAACACAGCUGUUCACAUACCCAUGCCCUUGUGGUGAUCGUUUUCAGAUCAGUAUCGAUGACAUGUUUGAUGGGGAAGAGAUUGCGGUGUGUCCCAGUUGUUCUCUUAUGAUUCAAGUUAUAUUUGAACGUGAAGAUUUGCAGGAGUAUUACGAGGAAGCCGGUAUUGAACCUCCUACGCCCAUUGCUGCUGCUGCUUAA